AUGGGGUGCGCGGCGUCGAGGCACGGGGCGGUGUCCUCGCCGUCGUACGACGUGUCGUCUUGCUCCUACAACAUGUCCCGCAGCGCGUCGGCCUCAGCGGACCUGGGGGGCUCCUCGUCGGCGCUGUCGAUAUGGAGCCGGCCCGUGCGGCUGGAGGCGUUCGACAACGACGACGACGACAACGAGCGGCGGCGGCGGUCAGGGAGGGAGGCGGCGGCGACGGCGGCGGCGGUGGCCACGACGACGACAGUGCGGCUGGGGAACGUCCGGCGGUGCGUGGAGGGCGAGCAGGCGGCGGCCGGGUGGCCGUCGUGGCUGAGCGCGGUGGCCGCCGAGGCCGUGCACGGGUGGGUGCCGCUCCGCGCCGAGAGCUUCGAGAAGCUGGAGAAGGUCGGGCAGGGUACGUACAGCAGCGUGUUCCGGGCGCGGGAGAUCGCCACGGGGCGGCUGGUGGCGCUCAAGAAGGUCCGGUUCGACAGCGUGGAGCCCGAGAGCGUGCGGUUCAUGGCGCGGGAGAUCCUCAUCCUCCGCCGCCUCCGCGGCCACCCCAACGUCGUCGGACUCGAGGGACUCAUCACCUCCCGCUCCUCCUCCUCCAUCUACCUCGUCUUCGAGUACCUCGAGCACGACCUCGCCGGCCUCAACUCCUCCCCCGACAUCACCUUCACCGAGCCCCAGGUACAUCAAGUGCUACAUGCGGCAGCUGCUGGAGGGGCUGGCGCACUGCCACGCGCGCGGGUGAUGCACCGGGACAUCAAGUGCGCUAACCUGCUGGUGAGCAACGGCGGCGAGCUCAAGGUGGCGGACUUCGGGCUGGCGAACCUCUUCUCCCCGGCGUCGGCGGCGCCGCUGACCAGCCGGGUGGUCACGCUCUGGUACCGCCCGCCGGAGCUGCUCCUGGGCGCCACGGCGUACGAGCCCUCCGUCGACCUCUGGAGCGCCGGCUGCGUCUUCGCGGAGAUGCACGCGCGCCGCCCCGUCCUGCAGGGACGCACCGAGGUCGAGCAGAUCCACAAGAUCUUCAAGCUCUGCGGCUCGCCGCCCGACGACUUCUGGCACCGGUCGGGGAUCUCCCACGCCGCCGUCUUCCGCCCGCAGCAACCGUACCCGAGCCGACUCCGGGACACCUUCGCCGCGUCCAUGCCCGAUCACGCGUUCCGCCUCCUCGCCACGCUCCUCUCCCUCGACCCCGCCGCCCGCGGCACCGCCGCCGCCGCCCUCGACGCCGAGUACUUCACGACGGCGCCGUACGCGUGCGAGCCGGCGAACCUGCCCAAGUACGCGCCCAACAAGGAGAUGGACGCCAAGUUCCGAGAAGAAUCUAGAAGGAGGAGCAACCUCCGGAGCCAAGGCGGCGAGGCGGCGAAGCGGCUGUCGAGGGGGCACAAGAGCAUGCAGCUGCAGGACACGAACCAGAGCCACGUCCACGCCGAGGAAUCGCUGCCCGUUGUGGCCGAGAACGGCGGCGCGGUGGCGAGGUACGAAGGCGAGCCGCGGCUGUUCGUCGACCUGGAGCCCGUGCCGGCGAUCAGCAGGCGGCACGGCGACGGCGACCACGCGGCGCCGUGCGCCAGGACCAUGUCCAGCAGCUUCAAGGAGCCGCCCCGUGUCGCUGACCACCUCCCUCUCUCCGGCCCCGUGCAGCUCGCCGCGUCCACCGGCUUCGCCUGGGCCAAGAAGCCCCGGCCCGACGCCACGACGGCGGCAGCCGCUGUGACGAAGCGGAGCGGCUCCAAGGGGCCAGGGACCAACAACACCAACAACGGAGGAGGAGACGGAGCAAGAACCACCUCUGCCGCCGCAGCAGCACCAGCAGCGGCGGCACCAUACGAGGUGGAGAGCCAGGAGAUGAUCAAGCAGUGGGCACAGGUCGCUGACGCCUUCAGCGCCUCUGAAGCUUACAACAGCAGGUUCAGGCAGACACUUGAUGCCAAGCAACUCAAGACUGGAAAGAUGUACAAGGGGAAGGUGAACAGGGUGGACUACUCAGGGCCGCUGCUGUCACAGCCCCGGCGCAUCGACGAGCUCCUGCACAACCACGAGCAGCAGAUCCGGCAAGCUGGUCGCCGGUCAUGGUUCAAGAAAGGCAGCAAGAAGGAGCAGCACUGA